GUAUCACCACAAACAGUGAAGCAAAACAUCGAAGAAGAAGAAAGCUGGCCGAAGAGACAAGAUGGCCGACGGUGAAAACAACAACGAUGCUUCCGCCGGAGAACCUUCUAAACUAUGUGAUCUCUUGGAGCGGGGCUGGAAGAUAUUUGAUGAGGUAGACUCUACAAAUGAACCGCUUGCCUCUACUAGUAUCCAGGUUCGAGUUAAACGCGGUAUCAGUAUGUUGGAAGAUGCGUCUGCAAUGGUGGCUCAGCUCGACUUGUUCAGCCGCAAUGAGGAGCUGGAGGAGGUGGCCACGGCCGACCUGAGGUACCUGCUGCUGCCCGCGCUGUGCGGGGCGCUCACUAAGCAGACCGGCCGGGACCGAAGGCUAGAGAUAGUCCAAACAGCCCGCGCCUACUUCAUGGACUUCUUGAGGAGAUGUCAUGAGUAUAAUCUGUCACGGUUUGAACUUCCGACUUCGAAUGAAUACACUAUUCCUUGCGAAGCAUCAGAAAACGGGUCCCCUGCAGCUCAGUCUGGCCCUUGCCAGUCAGACCUGGUUUCCAUGGCAGCACAGAGACAAGCUAAGAUCGAGCGCUACCGUCAGAGGAAGGAUCUGGAAGCCAGACUGUCAGAUGUCCGCAGAGCUGUGGACAGUGGACAGGCCGAUGAUGAAGUCACCAGAGAUUUUUACCUUCUUAAUGUUCGGAGGUGGAUUGCUGUGUGUCUGGAGGAAAUAGAGAGCAUUGACCAGGAGGUGGAGAUACUCCAGAAGAUGGAUGGUCUGAAGCAGGGUGCUUCCAAGCAGCCAGCUCAGCCUGCCAGGCCCCCCAUGAAGCCUUUCAUACUCACCAAGGACGCAGUGCAGGCUAAGGUGUUCGGGGCAGGUUACCCCAGCCUUGCCACCAUGACAGUGGAUGACUGGUAUGAUCAGCACAAGAAACGGGGGGCUCUCCCCGACCAGGGGGUACCCAAGAGGGUUGUUUUGGAGGAGGACACUGAUGCGAAGGAGAAAGAAGAACAAGAUAAAGAGAGAAAGGUUGAAAAUGAUGAUGAGGAGACACUGCUGACCGCCAGAAACUGGGAUGAGUAUAAAGAGAGUCACCGCAGAGGUUAUGGAAACCGCCACAACAUGGGCUGACCCAUCGGUGCCCUCUUUUCUGCUCUUUUCGGUCCAGGAAGUAGACAUUCUUCACAGUUUGCAUCCUUAAGACUGAUUGAAUGAGAAGGUGACCACAUUAUUGUACAUUUUUUAUAAACAGCUGAUUAACUGACGUGACAUGUUGCCAGUCUUUUUACAAGGCGGGAUUAAAAGUCCUCUGUGGUAUGAUGUGUAACAGUGAGUCUUAAUUAUAAUCUGCAUUUUGGCUGGACUGAACCAAUUAUGUUCAGAUGUUUCUGCUUGUGGUGUGUAAUAACGAUUUCUUUGUUAAAUAAAGAGACUGAAGCAA